ACGCGCGGCCCUCACGUGACCUGGAGCUGCAGAGCGACGCAGCCUUGGGUGCAGUCGUCACUCGCGUCUGGUCUCCAGCUCCCCGCUGCCCCGCGCGCGGCGGGCUGGCAUCGGGCCCGGGGUGAGCUGAUCAGUUCGAUGUGUCUGUGGUGAGGCGAGGGAAAAACGGAGACAGAGACAAGAGAACCGCACAGGCUCCAUGGAGGGCUUUUCAUGUUUGAAGUAGGGCUUUUUAGUCCUGGAAGCAAGGGAAAGAGGGGGAGACUGUUUUGGAACUAUGGAGGUUGAUACGAAGCUCCUCCUGCAUGUCUGCUUCAGAGUCUGAGAUCGCUGGAAGGAGGAAGCAAAGACGAAAUUAUCUCUGAUCCCUAGAACUGGUCUAAAGGUCUCGUGCCUGUAUGUACAUUAGGGUGUUUCACUGAGCAAAAGAAGGAUAGAAGAGGAGACUUCAUUCAUUCAUUCCAGGUCUACUUUGAGUGGCAGCUCUCCAGGCCUGUAAGUGGUUAAACACCAUUGCUCAGACACACCAUCCUCCUUCGUAGCCUGAGGGAGCCCAAUACAUUGUUCCUGCCUUCAGCAGGGGUGAUUACAUGGGCCGAGUUCAGGAUGUGGGCUGGGCAACUGCAGGACUGGUGAUCUGGGCUGGCACUUGCUACUGCAUUUACAGAUUAACCAAGGGAAGAUCUCAGAGUGGGAGCAGAUUUGCCAGAAAUGGGUCCAGGAUCGAGACGGAGACUGAGGUUGGGGUACAGAACCAGACCGUGGCCACAGGUGAAGCCAUGGCUGGAGCAGAAACUAGAGUCAAGACUGAACCAGAAACUGGAGAAGGAGGUGAGCCUGUGGCCGAAGCAGAUCCCAAUGUCCCUGUUCUAGCUAGAGCCAGUGUCACCUGUCAGGCCGAGACAAUGCUUGAGGAGGAGGUAGAGACUCAUUCUGAGACCAGUUCAUUGGUGGAAACUGUGGUCAUGACAGACGCAGUGACUUUUACUGAAGCCACAGCCAAAGCCAAAGAAGUAACCAUGAAAGAGGCAGUCACACAAACUGAAGUUGAGACUGAGGAAGUAGGCAAGAAAGAGGCAGUGACGCAGACCAAAGCUAAAGCUUGGGAAAUGGCUGGCAGGGCAGAGGUCAAGAAAGAAGCAAUGACCCAGACCAAAGCAGAAGCUCCUCCAAUGGCUGAAAAAGAGACAGAGAUUAACAGAGUAACAGUGACUCAGAGUGAGGUCUUGGCAGUGACCAAGGAAGUAGUCAAGAUUGGAACCAUGAAUGAGACUGGAAUUGUGGCAGAAGCCACGAUAAGAACACUGGAAGAGACUGUGAGUGUGACUAGAACUCAAUCUGAGACUAGGCUUGGUGUCACAGUUGAUACUAAUGAAAAUCCCAUUGAUAUGCCCCUUGUAGUGGCUGGAGUGGACGUGAAGUCCUAUGCACAGUCUCAGGCUGUGGACAGAAUCCAAAAUGAUGACAUGCUCGGUGAUGAGGUUGACGACAAGGGGACUCUCAAAAGCACGUCUGAGGCAGGGUCUGGGGUAGAUACAAAGGCUUCCGAUCAGCCCCCUAUUGUUGUCAACAUUCUGGCUGAAGCCAUGCCAGAGGCAAGGGAUGAUGCUUGUGAUAAUACAGAUGACAUUUGUGAAGCAGAGGCAGAUAUGACAACUUGUAUAAUACAGCCUGAGACUGUGGCCACGAUACAGGCUGAGACAACGUCUGGUGCCACCACGACUGAGGACGGGGAAGAUGCCAAUGUUGUCUUUAAGGCUGUGACUGGUGCUGACAUAACUGAUACCGAUCCUCAAGCUGUAACCAGUGACCAGCCUGAAGCCAUGCCUGAUGCCAAGGUUAAGGGUAAAGGUAAUGCCACUGCCAUGGCUAAAGCAGGGACCAAGGCAAACACGAAAACCAAUUCGCAGACUGAUGCCUUGCCUGAUACCGAGGAUAAAAACAUAAGUGAUCCCAGCGAUGUGGCUAAGGCAGAGGCUAGCGGAGACGUGGUUUUCUGUACCCAGACUGAGCCUGUGGCCAGUGUCCAGGGUGAUGACUUGCCUGAUGGUAAAAUCAAGGCUAAGGACAAUGCCAAUGCCAUAUGUAAGGAAGGGGCUCAGGCUACGGCCCAGAGCCAAGGUGAAGUCUUACCUAAUACUAAAGGUAAGGCUAGAGGCAAAGCCAAAGCCAAGUGUAAGGCAGGAGCUGCAACAGAUGUGAAAACGUGUGCACAGCCUCAAGCUGGGACGAAAACCCAAGCUGAGACCUUGUCUGAUUCCAAGGUUGAUAGCAAAAGUGACUCUAAUGCCGCGUCUAAAGCAGGGGCAAAGGCAGACAGUUGCCAGAAUGAGGCCCUGCCUGGUACUAAGAAUAAGGUCAAGGGCAAUCCAAAUCCUGUGCCUAAGGCAGAGGCUGGGACAGCUACAGUGGGCUCUGCCCAGACCAAUGUUGUGACCAGUUCCCAGGGUGAGAGUGCACCCGGUGCCAAGAAUAAGGUCAAGGGUAAUCGCAAUUCUGUGCCUAAAGCAGGGGCUGGACCAGACACUACGGAUUCUGCCCAGUCCCAGACUGUAGCCACUUCCCACAGUGAGAACUUACCUGGUGCCAAGAAUAAGGUUAAGAGCAAUCCCAAUGUUGUGCCUAAGGCAGAGGCUGGGGUGGGUGCCUGUCCCCAGUCUGUGGCCAUUUCCCAGGGUGUUGCCUUGACUGGUACCAAGACUAAGGCCAAGGGCAAUUCUAGUGCUGGGUCUAAACCAGAUGCUGGGGCAGGUACGAUGGGCUCUGUCAAGGCUGUGGUCAGUUCCCAGGGCGAGACCGUACCUGGUUCCAAGAGUAAGGUUAAAGGUAAUCCCAAUGCUGUGCCUAAGGCAGAGGCUGGGGCAAGUACAAUACUGGCUUUGGCUUCUUCCCAGGCGGAGGCCCUGCUUGGUGCCAGAAAUAAGGUCAGGGGCAAUUCCAACACUGUGCCUAAGGCAGAGGCUGGGUCAGGUGCAAGGGGCUCUGCCCAGUCCCAGGCUGUGGUCAGUUCCCAGAAUGAGACUUUGCUUGGUGCCAGGAAUAAGGUCAGAUCCAAUGCUAGUACUAAAUCAGGAGCCAAAACAGGUCCAAGGAGCUCUGCUCAGCCCCAGGCUGUGGUCAGUUCCCAGAAUGAAGCCUUGCUUGGGGCAAGGGAUAAAGGUCUGUCCGGUUCACAGGUAGGAGCCACUGUAGACAAUAAGAUGUAUGCAAGGCCUGUGGCAGGUGCUGUGCCCACUUCUGAAAUUGUGAGUGGGGUAGGUGCUCAGCCUAACAUGCACGAUUAUUACUGGAAUGGGAUUGGUGUUGAGGACUGGAUUGCUGCCGAGCGGUGGAUCAAAUUUAGGUUUCAGACCAUGGAUGGAGACUGGGAGAAUACUGUAUCCUGGACUGAUGAUGAGAAUGCAGCCAAUGUCGGGCCCUGGAGUGGGGCUAAUGAGAAGACUGGCAUUGUUAGUUCCUGGGCUGUGGCUUGUGAUGAAAACAGCAUUAAGUCCUGGACUGGGGCUAGGACUGAGAAUGAGGUUGCUCUUGGGUCCUGGGUAGGUGCUGGUGACCAGGCCAGUGGGGCACUCUGGGCAGGAGCUCAGGCUACUGAGGCCACUGGAGGCUCCUGGACUGGGGCUGAGAACCAGAUCAGUGCAGGUUCUUGGGUUGUCUCUGGAAACCAGGCCAUUGCAGGGCCCUGGGCUGUGAGUCAGGUCAGUGACGGGUCAUGGCCUGCAGUCCAGGCCAGUGGAGUGUCCUGGGUAGUGGACCAGGCUACUGGGACCUGGACUGUGGCUGACAAUCAGGCUGGUGCAGUGUCUUGGACGGGAGCUGGCAAUAUAGUUAGUAUUGGAUACUGGACUGGGGCUGUAGACCAGACCAAUGCAGUGUCCUGGACAGGGACUGGUGAUCAGGCUGGGGGUGAGGUCAAGCCAAGGUUUGAAGAUCAGGCCAGUGAAAAGGGGACCUGGGCUGGAGCCGGUGUCCAGACCAGUGGAGAGUCCAGGUUGGGACCUGAGGAUCAGUCCAGUGGAAGGUCUUGGACUGAGACUGCAGACCAAGCUAGUGCAGCAUCCAGGCUUGGGACUGUAGAUCCAUCUGGUGGUGCUUCCUGGGCUGCCACUGGGGACCAGGCUGGUGGAGUAUCUACAUCAGGGUCUGCAGAUCAGUCUGAUGGUGGAUCCAAACCUGGUUUUGAGAAUCAGACCAGUGAUGAAGGGUCUUGGACUGGCACUGUUGGCCAGGCUAGUGGAGGGUCCAAGUCAGUGCCUGAGGAUCAGUCUGCUGGAAGAUCCUGGGCAGAUUCUGGAAACCAACUCAGUGGAGGGUUCUUGGUUGGGCCUUUGGACCAGGCCAAUGGAGAGUCUCAGCCUGGGUCUGGAGAACUGGCUGCUGGUGGAGUAGAUCAGUCCAGUGUAGGAGGAUCCUGGGCUGGUUCUGGGGACCAGUCUGGUGGAGAGUCUAGGAUGGGGCCCAGGGACCAAUCUAAUGGAGAGUCUUGGCCUGGCACUGGAGAUCAGACCAGUGGAUGGUAUUGUACUUACACUGGGAAUCAGAGCAUUGGAGGAGGCUCUUGGAGUGGGGCUAGUGGUCAGGACGUUGGAGGGUCGAAGCCAGUGCAGGUGAACCAGGCUACUAGUGGAUCCUGGCUUGUCACUGGGACUCAGAUCAGUGGUGUGUCCUGGACUGGUGAUCAGGUUGGUGGCUGUUCCAAACCUGGAUUUGAGGAUCAGGCCAUUGGAGGAGGAUUCUGGGCUGGUGCUGGGGACCAGGCCACUGGAGGGUCCAGGCCAGCUGUGUCUGAGGAUCAGUCUAGUGGAGGAGUUUCCUGGGGUGGAGCUGGGAGUCAGGUCAGUGGAGGGUCCUGGGUUGGGCCUGUGGAUCAGACUAGUGGCUCUUCUAAAUCUGGAUUUGAAGAUCAGGCAUGUGGAGAAUCCUGGCCUGGGUCUAGGUCUAGUAAUGAAGCCAGUGGAGGAUCUAGGCUAGAUACACAAGACCAGACCAGUGGAAGAUUCCUUGUAAGUGCUGAGGUGGAGGCCAAUGAAGGAUUUUGGUUUGGGCCUGGGAGUGAGGCCUUUAUAGGGUCUUGGUGCUGGACAGAAGAAGCUACUAUUUUGCCUAUAGCUGAUCUUAAAGAUGAGGCCAGUGUUGAAUCCACGUCAGGUACUAAGGAAGAAGCCACCAUUAGUUCUGGAUUGGGGGAUGAGAAGAAGACCAGUACUGAGGAGACAGCUAUUACGGGCACCUGUGUUGGAGGUGAGGCUGAGACUGUGGCUGGAGCCGAGGCUGAAGUUGAGACAGAGGCUAAGGCUGGAGCUGAGGCUGAGGCUGGAGCUGAGGCUGAGGCUGGAGCUGAGGCUGAGGCUGGAGCUGGGCCUGAGGCUGGAGCUGGGCCUGAGGCUGGAGCUGGGCCUGAGGCUGGAGCUGGGCCUGAGGCUGGAGCUGGACCUGAGGCUGGAGCUGGACCUGAGGCUGGAGCUGGGCCUGAGGCUGGAGCUGGACCUGAGGCUGGAGCUGGGCCUGAGGCUGGAGCUGGGCCUGAGGCUGGUGCAGAGACAGAGGUUGAGGCCGAGGUGGGAGCAGAGACUAGGGCAGAGGCUGGGGCUGCAGCUGCAGCUGCAACUGAUUCUGAGACUGGAACUGAGGCUGGUCCUAGAGUUGAGGCAGUGGUUGGGGCUGAAGCUGGAAUGGAAAUUUGGUCCUGGGAGGGAGAUGCAGCCUCGAAAGGGUCUAGGCUUGGGGCUGAGGCUGAGGCUGAAGCUGGAGUUGGGGGAGGGGCUGAGGCUGAAGCUGAGACUGAGACUAGCAUGGGAUUUUGGUUCUGGGAUGGAGAUGCAGCUACUAAAGGAUCUAAGCUUGGAGCUGAGGCUGAGGCUGAGGCUGGAAUUGGGACAGGAGCAGGGGCAGAGGCAGAGACUGAAGCUGUGGCUGAGACCAGCAUGGGAUUUUGGAUUUGGGAUGGAGAUGCAGCCACAAAAGAGUCUAGGCUUGGGGCUGAGGCUGAGGCUGAGGCUGAGGCUGGAGUUGGAGCAGGGGCUGAGGCUGUGGCUGAAUCUGUGGCUGAGACCAGCAUGGAAUUUUGGUCCUGGGAUGGAGAUGCAGCCACUAAAGGGUCUAGGCAUGAGGCUGAGGCAGAGGCUGGGGCUGGAGUUGUGGCUGAGGCUGGGGCUGGGGCUGGAGUUGUGGCUGAGGCUGGGGCUGGAGUUGUAGCCGAGGUUGGGGCUGAGACCAGAAUGGGGUUUUGGUUUUGGAAUGAAGACUCAACCACUAAAGGGUCUAGACUUGGGGCUGAGGCUGCGGUUGGAGUUGUUGCACAGGGUGGGGCUGAAGCCAGAAUGGAGUUUUGGUCCUGGGAGGGAGAUGCAGCCUCUAAAGGGUCUAGGCUUGGGACUGAAGUAGAGGCUGGCUUAGGGUCUUGGACUUUCGCUGCAGAUGUAAAUGAUGAUGAUGAUGAUGAGGAGGAGCUAAGUAGAGAAUCCAGCCCUGGUAUUGAAGAGAUCAGUCUAAGAAACUUGUUUGGGGCUGACAGUGAGGACAAUAACGACCUCAGAUCUACAAAUGAAAAAGAUGCCAAUUCUGAAUCUGGGACUGGGGAUAAGGUCAGCACUAAAGAGAAGUUUGAUGCUGCUGAUGGAGUUGACAUCCGAUCUUGGUUCUGUACUGGUAAUGAAAACAGAUGUGAGGACGAGUCUACAUCUCAAGUGAAAGCCAAAAAGACCACUGAACCAAGAGGCAUAUAUCCAUCCAUGGUCCCUGGGGCAGGAAUGGGUGUAUGGGAUGGAACCAUAGUUUGUUCAGAAAGUAAGCUAUUACAGCAAAGCAGCUUUCCAGGCGAAGAAGGCUUCAGAAAGCAAGUCAAUACUGGAGACAAGGUGCAUUCCUGCAACUGCCGCUGCAAACGGGAUGUUAAUCUGGAUCCAGAAGAUCUCGAGAAACUCAUUUGCAUGAUUGAAAUGACUGAAGAUGCUUCUGUUCAUGAGAUAGCCACGAAUGCUCUAUAUAACAGUGCUGAUUAUCCUUUUCCGCAGGAAAUUGACCGGAAUAUAGGUGGAAUUUCAGUUAUCCAAAGCUUAUUGGGUAAUCCCUACCCUACUGUCCGCCAGAAGGCUUUAAAUGCCUUGAAUAACCUCUCAGUUGCUGCUGAAAACCAUAGGAAGGUUAAGACAUAUUUAAGUCAGGUAUGUGAAGAUACUGUCACCUAUCCCUUAAACUCAAAUGUGCAAGUGGCCGGACUAAGACUGAUAAGACACCUGACUAUUACUAGUGAGUAUCAGCAUAUGGUUACCAACUACAUUUCAGAAUUUCUCCGUUUGUUGGCUAUGGGAAGUGGAGAAACUAAAGACCAUGUUUUGGGAAUGCUUGUGAAUUUCUCUAAAAAUCCAUCCAUGACAAAAGACUUGCUCAUUGCCAAUGCACCAACAGCACUGAUUAACAUCUUUAGCAAGAAGGAGACAAAAGAGAACAUCCUUAAUGCCCUUUUACUUUUUGAAAAUAUAAAUCGUCAUUUUAAAAAAAGAGCAAAAACAUAUCCCCAAGACAGGUUCAGUAAAAGUUCCCUUUAUUUUCUGUUUCAACGACCUAAAGCCUGUGCCAAGAAACUUAGAGCCUUAGCAGCAGAUUGUAGUGAUCCAGAGGUGAAAGAAAAAGUUGAGGUAUUAAUAAAUAAACUUUGAUUGGCUCUCUGUUCUCCCCAGAGUUUGAGUAACAUUUUGGUUUUACAUCCUGGACAUGCUGUACAUUGUAAAUUGCAUUAGAAUUUUGAAACUAAUGUUGCCUAUAAGGACCUAUAGCUGGACAAUUUUAUGAACACCAAACGAAUUCAAGCUUGUUCUGGAAAUACAUGUGUCAAUUUUUAUCUUGUCUGGAUUGAGAUAUUUUUAGUAUGCUUCAUGAGCAGAAACCAAACUGAUUCUUCAUAAGUAAGGUAAUCUUUGGUCCUUUGUGUGGACUUAUGUUUAUACAUUUGAGACUUUAUUUUUAUGUCAUCAAUAAAGUUGUGUGUUUUAAGAAGCAAGAAAGA